CAUUAAAUCCACCCAUUAAUAUUUACACAAUCGCUCAUUUUAAGAUGCCUACAUUUCGGAUAUUUAUCCAACAAUCACCCAGUUUUAAAUCUGCCACCCGUCUGCAUGAUCCCCAGACACAGCAGGCUUCACCAGCCAGCUGUUGGAUUAUUGCCACUGCACUAUCUCAUCGGGGAAGGCGUGUCACUCGCCGAAUUACUCAGCGCCCCUUUGUCCUCGGUCGGUGCCCAGCCAGCGACAUUCAUGGCUGCUGCAUCCGUCAGGCAGCGCUCCGGGUCAGGGGGACCCCGGGCGCAGCUCCCACCCUGCUACUACGAAGGAUACCUGGAGAAACGUGGGCCGAAAGAAAAGGCAUCCAGGCGACUGUGGACCUGUCUGUGUGGGAAUUCUUUGUAUUUCUUCAAUAAUGCUAAGGAUACUCAUUAUGUGGAGAAGCUGGACCUUAGCGGCUUUGUGUCCCUGAAGGAUGACUGCAGCCGUGACAGAAACCUGGAGGCUGCCAGACUCAUCCUGCGCAUGAAGGAUGGAGAAACCAAACUCACAGCACCUAACUUGGAAUCAAGGGAGCUGUGGAAAGGAUUCCUCUACUCUGUUAUAGAUCUGAAUGUCCCGUCCUGUCUCACGUUACUGCCGGGCCAGCUGCAGAUGCUGAAGGAGGUGGUGGACAAAGAGAGGUCCAGGCGGAGAACUCGCACUCCCACGCGUGCUCCUCCCUCACCCCUCUCUGUGCCUUUAGUGGGAGAGAUCCCACCGUGUUUUCGUCCAGUGUCUCGAACAGAGGCUGAGGUCCUUUUAGAGAGACACCCAGACUGUGGCAACAUGCUCCUCCGUCCAGGCAGGGACGGAUGCUCACUGGCUGUCACUACUCGGCAAGACCUCAAUGGGUCCGUCUUCAGACAUUACCGUGUGACUCAGAGGGAUCAAGGUGGUUAUGUUAUUGAUGUAGAAAAUCCUAUUCCCUGUGCUGACCUUCACGAGGUCAUCGACGCUCUGGUGGAGAAGACAGCAGGAACUCUACAGCCUUUCCUACUGGAGGAGCCUUACGAAGAGAACAUCACUUAUGUUUCUGCCAACGAUGAGAGUGGAGAAAGGAUCCUCCACACGGCCCCUUCCAGCCCCCUGCCAAAGGCUCCUGCCCUGCCUCCUAAACAAGAUCGUUGGCCAGGCAGCCCUCUGUCCAGGUCUCCCGCCCCUGACCGCCGUAUCCUGACCUCACCAGCGCCGGCCUCACCCUCCAACCCAAUGAGAAGACUCAUCCUCUCCCCUUCACCUCUCACACAGACACUCAAUGAGGAGCUCAAAAUGAAGCUGGAGAAGAGACGAGCCAGUCAGGAGUGACUUCCACAUAAGGAACGACCUUCUGUCACAGCAUACUCAAUCUUCAGUGCCAAACCCCUUCUCACCGCAGCUAUGUAUUCAUCCUGUGCCUUCUAGGAGGAAGAUAAGGGACUACAAAUGCCACCACCCUCUCAUAAGGAGAUACAAAAUCAGUUUCAGUCUUUUGGUCUUAACUACGUGAUAGAUGGACUUGGAUGAUUAAAUGACUCUGAUUAGAGCCAGUCUUCCUUAAGAGCAAGACUGGCUGGUGAACACUAGAUUAGGUUCAUAAAACCUCAUAAAAUGCUGCGUACCUUACUUGGGGUAAUAAUCCACUAGUGCUUUGUCCUGACACACAAAGCUGUUUACAAAGUGACUCUGAGCAAAAAUGAAAAACAGCACCACAGUGAUUUUUCUUCAGAUUAAAGUCCAUAAAAACAUUGAAUCUAUAUGACAGGCAGCUAAGAUGCAUCGAGGAAGCACUGACAGGUGACAGACCAACAACUGAGCCUGAUGUUCUCCCGUCUGAGCCCCCAUCUGAAUGCUGAGCUGCUGAUGUUACCGCUGAAACACUGGAGACUAAGAACAAACUAACCGCAGGCUACCAGUGUCAACACUGGAGCCACAUACUCUGACCUGAGACACUUUAUCUGCUCCAAAAGUGUUAGAAACUCAAGUUUCAACCCAGCAAUUCUUUUCAUUCACCUCUUUAAAUGUAAUGUGACUGAAAAAAAAAAGAAAAAUUGAAUACAGUUGAGCUGGCAAGAAACUGAAAACUGCACAAUCUCUGCCUGCUGCUCUUGAGUGCUAUUUGUGAUUGACAAGCAAUCUUUAAUGCAUAAUUGAUUCAAUGACAGUGUUGUGGUUCAUUUAUAACCAUUGGUGCUUUACUAAGUAUUUCCUUACUUUCUGCUACUGUGUACGUGUUGGUGCUAUGACUCACCAGUGCUCAAACCUGCCUGUAACCUUCAGGUGAUUUCUGUUCCCUAAAGAAAAUCAACCUGCUGUACUUUUGUGUGAGGGUGCCCUCUAGUGGAAUGGCUGUCAAUUAAUGGGACAGAAACCUGAGCAGGACACAGCUUUUGGGUGUUAACACAAGUACGAAGCACUUGGUGUAGAGUGACCCUUUUAUGUUGGAGUCCGAACCUGGAAAAGACUUUUGGCUUUAUCACAGUGUUACACCACACCCUACCUCUCUACCUUUAAUAACAAAAUCCUAAUUUAUUGCAGAUCUGCAUAACAACACGUACUUGACAUUUGUCAAUUGGCCGUUCUUUGCAGAUUUGAAGUGUCUAAGUGCUAGUGGUGAUCAAGUGUCUUCUACAAUGAACAGUUGCUUGUAUGUUUGUACAUGAUGUGUUGUGUCUACUUGAUCGCCAUCAAAGACUAGUGUUUGUUAGAUAUCAAGGGCAUUAAAUUAUUUUGCAUGGAUGUGAUUUGUGAAUUGAUACCUUGUGCUUUCUCAAACGUGCACCAUUUUGUUUUGGUUUGUUUCCUAAGUGUCAGGCUGUUAGGACCCCCACUACUGAUUGAUGAUGAAACUGAAUCAGGACAUUAUGUGACAUUGGAAUUAAGCAGCACUAUGAGCGGAUUAUUAGAAAGAGUCCCAGACAAUCUGUCCUGU